AGCGUCUCCGCGGCGGCGGAGGGUCGAGGCCUCGCAGGAUGCGGCGCCCGCCGAGCAGAGUGAGUCGGGAACGUUCGCGACCCCAGCCUCGGCCAGGACGGAGAGGAAGGCCUGGGACGACAGGCACCACGUUGUCUUCUCCAACCACAACCUGCAGAAGAAUGUCCGGUCAUACUUCGACCGGCCGAGGGAAGUCGAUAGCUUCGGUGAGAGGCACGAUCCGCCGAUGAGGACGAGCUGGAGACUCGAGUCGAGCACCUCCGAGGGGGCGUCGGCGAAGAACCCCACGAUCUCGACCGCGCUGCCGCCGUCCUCGCUCGCGAGGUCGGUGUCCACGCCCGACAUGGUCACCAUAGUGAACAUCGAGCGAGGGAGCGAGUUCCGCGACUCGCAGCGGAAGUGGAAUCCCCGACAUCACGUUGUCUUCAACAAGGACAAUCCGAAGCUCCCGCCCGCCCAGCGGGACUACUUCGAGCGCCCCCGGCCGAUCAUGUGGUGAGCGCCUCCGUCCGAACGCCGGAGGAGGAACGGAGGAGGAGGAUGAGAGGAUGACAAGGGGGACGGAUCGGGCAACCGAUUCUUUUGGCUCUUCGCGUAGCCUUCUGCCUUUGUUCAUUACGCUUCCUUCGCAAGCUGCGAGGGGCAAGUUGUUUCGAUGCGUAAACUUGCUCUCGAGCAGCCGUUUAGUCCCACCUUGCGGGAUGCCGCGUUUCACGAGUCGAGCGGCAUUGGCGUGCGCAGGGAGCCAACCUCCCUAGGAGGUUGCAGCGGGCGCAUGGAAAUGGAGCCAGUCGGAGGCCAG